GCUCGAGUUGGCCAUCCACAGCCAGCCACAGCCAGUAGCAGCCAGCGAGCCUCAGAGACGCUCGGCGUCCUCGCGGUCCUCGCGGUCCUCCGGUCCCUACGUCAUGCUGUUGACGGCGUCGCUGGCCGUCGCGGCCGCCCUGGCGGCGCUGAUUUGCGUCUUCUUCUCGUGGCACUUCGACUACUGGACGAAGCGCGGCAUCCCGUCCGUCAACGCGCUGUCGCUGACGGGCGACCGCGGCGGCGGGCUGCCGUUCAACAAGUGCUUCUGGACGAUACUGGACCCCGUCUACAACAAGUACAAGAAGGAGCACCGCUUCGUCGGCACGUUUCAGGGCCGCCGGCCCGUGCUCGUUGUGCUGGACCCGGAGAUGGUCAAGAUGGUGCUGACCAAGGAGUUCUCGUCGUUCCAUGACCGCGGCAACCCCAUCGACGAGGUGAACGACCCCAUGAGCAUCAACCUGUUCAACCUGGAGGGGUCCCGCUGGAAGAACCUUCGCUCCAAGCUGAGCCCCACCUUCACGUCGGGCAAGCUCAAGAUCAUGUUCCCGCUGAUGGCGGCGCUCGCCGAGGACCUCAACGCGGAGGUGACGGCGCUGGCCGCGAAGGGCGACGAGGGGCAGGUGGAGGUGAGGGACGUCCUGGUGCGCUUCGCCACGGACGUGAUCGGCACGGUAGCGUUCGGCAUCGACUGCAACACCAUCAAGGGCGGCAACCGGGACUUCCAGGCCAUGACGCGCGAGUUCUUCGACAGGAACGUGCUGUUCCUCAUCCGCCUCUUCCUCGUGUCUGUCCACCCCCUCCUCGUCAAGCUGCUGCCCUUCAAGAUGCUGUUCGCCAAGUGCACCAACUUCUUCCUCGACCUGAUGAGGGACACGGUGGAGUACCGCGAGCAGAACAACAUCGAGCGCAACGACUUCGUGAACCUGAUGAUGCAGCUGCGCGAGCAGGACCGCACGGAGACGGACCGCGUGAACCACGUCGAGUUCAACGGCGACUUGAUGGCGUCGCAAGCCUUCUUGUUCUUCAUCGCGGGCCUGGACAGCGUCGCCAGCACGGUGGGCUUCUCGCUGCACGAGCUGGCGAUGAACCCCGAGCUGCAGCAGCGCGCCGCGGCGGAGGUGCGCACCGUGGUGGCCAAGCACGGCGGCCUGACGUACGAGGCGCUGCGCGACAUGGACCUCGUCGAGAGGGUCAUCCGGGAGGCGCUCCGCAAGUGGGGGCCCGCCGGCAUCCUCAUGCGCGAGCCCACGGCGCCCUUCAAGCUGCCGGGCACCGACGCCGUGGUGGACAAGACGUGCCUGGUGUGGAUCCCCGUACACCAGCUGUCCCACGACCCGGAGUUCUUUCCGGAGCCGGAGCGCUUCGACCCGGACCGCUUCACGGAGGAGGCCAGGGCGCAGCGGCACCCCUACGCGUACCUGCCCUUCGGCGAGGGCCCGCGCUUCUGCAUCGCCGAGCGCUUCGCCGUCCUGGAGAUGAAGCUGGCCCUGGCCGCGCUGCUGGCCAAGAAGCGUUUCGUUGUGGGCGAGAAGACCGCGGUCCGGAUAGAGUGCGACAAGCGCUUCUUCUCGCCCACGCCCAAGGGGGGCUUCUGGCUGCGCGUCGAGGACAGGGACGAGGACGACUAAGGCCGCGGCGGCCGCGGUGACGGCCUGGCGCGCCUGGCGACUGGAGGAUGGAUUCCGAACACUGCGCCGUCGGCGACGGCUCGUCGCUCGGUCUCGCUCUCGCUCCCGAGUAGAAAACUUCAGCAGAUAAGGCCAAAGUAAAGUGUGCGUUCCGCGACCGUUGUACUCGGGCGCAAAAACAAAACGUAACGCUAUGCAAAGCCAGUUGAAGCCGGACAACGUGAGUCCUAGCCUUGAUCAAGCCAGUGUAGGGGAUCGAGCACCUCUCUGUAUGCGCUAUUACCAUGUCUGUUUCAUGUCCCAUGUCUGUUCCACGUCUGGGACAUGUCUGUUUCAAUUUUGCCGGUCAGCUUGGUUUGAAUUGAGUGAAUCAGAGAGAGGACAAACACAAACAAAGCACAACACGGGUGCAAAUUAUUCAAACAUUUAUUGAAUAAUAAUGAGUUUCCUUUCUUCUUCAAAUUUAAGUACUGGAAAAAC